AUGCGUGCAUGUGUGGAUAUGCUCUCGUUUAUGCAGAUUGUAUUCUAUAAGUCAAUUUGGCCAAAAGCCUACAGUCAGGUGACAGUGAAGUAUAUGGGAGUCGGUCAGGAGUUGAUUAGAACAAAUAAGAUUUCCAUCUUCUCUAGAAAAGGCCGGAAAGUUAUUCAUCAUCCCACGGUCAGCAGAUGGCUUGCAAGCUGCGAUUUCGCUUCAGUCCCUGAUAUCGAAGAAUACUCCACAGGGCUUUCAACAGAACGGGUCAUUGUUGACAGCAUUCUUGGUGGUAAUUUCCCUGAGGGCGAUUGCGACGGAUACAUCACAGCUUUGGAAAACUUAGGAAGUGAAGAUGAUCCCUGUGAUGAUAUAAUUGGAGCCGAACCAUCAUCUUCCAUUGGUACUCAGAAAACAAGCGGAUCUUCAACGUUUAUUGAUGAAGACAGCGUCUACGAAACAUCGGAUGAACUAGUACCAAAUGAACUUGGAACUGCGCUUCCUGCAACAUGUUCUGAAGAGAACAAUGGACCCUCUUGGGAGUACGAUGAGUCCGAUAUUGUAGAAGAACUAGUUGAGGCAUGCUGGGAAAGAAAUUAUGAUGCAAGACCGAUUUGUCCCCUUCCCACUCCUCUGCGAAAGAACCUCAUAUCUCCUCGUGUUAAUCUUGAGACGUUAGUUGAUCGGAAAGGUCGAGUCCGACGAACGGAACGUGUAAAACUCUAUUUAGACCAAAUUCGUCAAACCACCCAACAUUUGAAAUCCUAA